ACCCGGAAGCGGCGGCGGCGGCGUUGCCAUGGCGACCGCGGCCUAGCGGGGCCCGCCAUGUCCUUCAAGCGCGACGAGAGCGACCCGGGGCCGCUGCGGGCGCUGCAGAGGCGCCGCGUGGCCGAGCUGCUGGCCAGUGCCAUCCCCGAGGACGAGGCGCUGCUGCUGCGCGACGGCCGGCUGGCGUGCUCGCUGUGUCCCCAGCGCCCCGUGUGUGACACUCUGCAGACGCUGCUGCUGCACCGGGCGGGCCGCAAGCACCUGGACAACCUGCGCCGUUCCUUCGGGCGGCCGCGCUGCCCCCAGGUGACCCCUCAGGAGGCGCCGGGCGUGGCCCCCGCCGAGCAGGCGCCGCUGCUGGCCCGGACGCGCCGCCUGGCCCGGAGCGCGCUGCUGCCGUCGGCGCCGUACAGCGGCUGCUGCCGGAGAGCGACGAAGGGCAGCAGCUCCCAGGCCGGAAUCCCCGGGAUGAUCCUGAAAAAUUCCCAGAUGCUGCCAGAGUCCUGCCAGAACCCCGGGAACUCCGGGAAUUCCGAAACCCCCAGCCCCGCACACACAGAGGGCGUUCCCAAGGACAGGAAACGGGGAAGGAAAGGAAAUUCCCGGAUUUCCCAAGGGUCGGAAGAAAAUUCCCGAUGUUCCGAAGGGCCGAGCCCGGAGCGCCUGCGGAUCCUGCGGCACCACCUGCACCUGCGCAGCCAGGGCUGGCUCCAGGAUCCCGCUGGGAAUUGGGUGAAGGACGGGAACGCCGAGUUCGACUCCGACGAGGAGGAGCCGCCCCCGCUGCCACCGGCCUGACGUCCCCAGGCGUCCCCAGAGCCCCGGGAAUAAAGGGGGAAUUUUUUGGGAAAA